AUGGAAGACAACAUAUCUGAAAAAGUUGCUCAGUUACAGUAUGAAAAUACAAAAUUACAAAAUGAACUUAGUACAUUAAGUAAAAAUGCUUUAACAAUAGAAGAAAAUUAUAAUGCUUUGACUGCAGUCUUUUCAGAAAAAGAAUAUUCAUUAAAAAAUUUAGAAUUACAAAUAAACAAAAUGUUUAAAAUCAUAAAAGAAAAAGAAAAUAUUAUUGAACAACUUGAAGAAACCAAUACAAAAUACAUUGAUGCUAAUAAAAAAUUAACAUCUGAAACAAAAUAUUUGAAAAAAAAAUUAUGUGAAGAAGAAAAUUUAUUUGAAACAAAAAAAGAAGGACUCAUGAUGAAUUGUGAUGUGUUAAAAAAAGAAAAUAAAAAAUUACAAUUUGAACUCAAUUUGAAAACAGAAGAAUGUUUACAUUUGAAUACAAUAACAAAAGAUUUUAUGAUUACAAUCAAGGCAGAUGAAAAAUCAGAAUUAAUAGCUUUGAGAGACAAUUUGAUUGAUACAUUAAAAUGUUAUCAACCUAAAAAAAUUGAAAUUUUUGAGUUCAAAGAAAAAGAUGUUUUGAUAAAAGAACUACAGAAUUAUAAAUUAUUUAAAGAAGAAGAAGAUGUUCAAUUAUUUAAUUUAAUAAAUAAAUUAAAAGAUAAAAUGAAUAAAAUUGAAAUAUUAAAAAGUGAUAAUAAAAUUUCAAUGAAUUUUAAUUAUUUUUGUUUAAAAGAAAUAAAAAAAAUUUUAAUGGAACUAAUUGACUGGCAAGAUAAUCAUGCAGAAAAAUUAAAAUCCAUUAAAGAAGCUGUUUCUCACGUGUCUUUAAAUAAAGAUGAAAUCAUACAAAAAAGUCAAUCGACAAAUACAAUUUUCUCCCUCGAAUCAGAUGACGAAUGUCAAUUUUUACGUCGUUUAAAAGAUUUAGAAUCCAAUGAUGUACGACGUGUAUUUUUCGAUCAUAAAAUUUCGGAUUUGGAUAUGGAUGUCUUCAGGUCUUGCCGGAAGCUUUCUGUGCUUCCAGAGGAAGAUGGCGAUGAUUCUUUUGUUAGGAAAACCUCUGUAAAAAGUUUUUGCAAACCAAUUCUUAAUAAUUUAAAAUCGGAAAUCGGUUCGGGACUGACAUCCUCAGACGAUGCUUUUUUAAAUAAAAUUAAAGAAUCUAAUUUUCCAUCGAUAACGGAAAAAUACGGUCAAAACGUUUCAAUAAAUAAUUUCAAUAACGACAAAUCGAAAAAUUUAAAUAUUUGUACGGAUUUUGAAUUUCGCGAUAACGAAAUGGACGACGACGACGACGUAACGGUUUUUUCUACUUCUGACGCGUAUUUAUAUUUGCCCUCUAUCGACGAUUCGAUAAAAUAUUCUAAAAAUCAAAAUUUAUGGAAAGGUUUUCCGAACGGUACGAAAAAAAAACAAUCGGUUUCAUUUUUUCACAAAAGCGAAAACGUGAGUAAAAAAUUACAAUCAACGAGUCGACCGUUGAUGCUUUCAAAAUCCUCCAGUGUUGCCAACGUCGUUACAACCGUGGUUCCCGAUUACAAUGUUAGUUUAAUAAUUGACGAUCCCGAAUUGAAAAAAAAACAAACAAAACCCUUGAUCGUCCCGGAUAAUUUAUUAUCAUUGAAAACAAAUCAUUCCUUGGCUCAAAUAAAUUUUCUACGGGAUUCAUUCGCGAUUGAAAACAUUCAAAAUAAUAAUAAUAAUAAUAAUAAUAAUAAUUCAACGUUAAAUUUAAUCGAAAACAUUCAAUUCGUUUGCACGGCAAUUGAUUUGUGUUCGAAAACGGAUGAAAAUUUAACACGGGAUAGUUUGAAAACGUUCGAUCAAUUUCUCGAAAGUUCCUCCGGUAAUAAUAAUAAUAAUAAUGAUGAUGAUGAUGAGAAUGUAAACAAUAACGGAUUAUCCGAAUCUUUGAAAUUUUUUACAAAUAAUAACGAAAUAAUAUUCGUAAAACAACAAGACGUGGACAAUAAUAAUAAAUCCACGGAUAUAAUUCACGGUGCCAUUAAUUUAAAUAUUUGUCCGACGGUUAUAAAAGACGGUUUAAAAACGAAUUCCGUUGUGCUUCCUCAAAAUAAUAAUAAUAAUAAUAAUAAUAAUAUUUUUGAAUUGAAACCUUCUUCAUCUUCGAUUAACGUUACCGAUAAUAAAAAAAAAAUUAUUUACCUCGAAUUAAACGAUUCAUCAUCAUCAUCAUCAUCCGUUAUUAAAAAUACAAAAACAAAUUUAUUUGAUUUCGUAACGAAUAAAAUCUCAAAUAAAAAAUCUCAAAUGGAAAACGAAUUGAAUUCGAUUUUAAAAAUAACGGAAAAAUACAAAAACGAUAAUAAUAAUAUGGAAGGCGGUGGUGGAGGAGGCGGUUGUAACCACGUUCAAUCGUGCGAAUUACGUUUAUCGUCCGUUUCCGGUUUGGAUAAUUUUCUCGUGUGUGUACCCGAGGGUUUAGAUUCGAGGGAAAAAAGAAAACUUUCGGAUAUUUCAGAAAGUUCGAGUUCUUCGUACACGACGCCGCCACAGGAAAUAAGUUCUGGAGAAUUUUGCACUCCUCCAGAAUGUUGUUCUCCCGUUUUAAAUAAUCUCGUUAAAAAUAAAAAAACGACAUCACUCGCCGCGUGUGAAAAUAUCGAUAAUUAUUAUUAUUAA